ACGCUCUUGGCUCCAACCGCAGCGUUAGGGCCCCGCGAGGGGAAAUGAGGGCCGCCGCUGAAGAAGCGGCGCCCACUGGGCAAGUGCCGCCCCCAAGACUCCCGGAGCUGCACGGCACCGAACUAAGGGCACCACCUGUGAGAUCGAGCCCCUCUAGCCCUGUAAUCAAGUGACCGCUGGGAUCCAUGGUCCGUGCGCACCACUCUGAGGGCAGGUGUUCCCAGUGCUGGCUCUUGUUCAGGUUUCAGUUCUGUGCCUAUUUCUCUUAUUUGCUCCCCCUCCCCCAAUACAAUCCUACAGGAUUGUUUUUUGGUUUUGUUUUUGUUGUUUUUUGUUGGGGGGGGGGGGGCGGGUUGCUGCUGAGGAAACAGCCUUUGAAAGAAUAAGUGAUAUGGGCAAGACCACGUAGUAACUGUGAAAAAUGCCAAGACGUCGUGUGUGGAUAAGAGAAGAAACAAGAUUGUUGGGGGCCGUACAAAUAAUGACCGGUCUGAUUGUUCACUUCGUGGGACAGCUCUGGACGUAUUUGUUUACCACACAAGUUAUUGCAUUUGGAAAAGCGUAUCUUCCUCUUGUAGUAAUAACAAGAUACACAUAUUGGUCAUCUGUGUGUUUUCUCUUCUCAGGAGUCUUUGCAGUAUUAACAGAGAGGAUGCGUUCAACGUUCUUGAUGUCCUAUACUAUAGCAGUGAACAUCGUAAGUGCCUGCGCUGCCGUGAUUGGUCUGCUUAUACUAUCAUUUGAGUUUAUAAUAUACAGUUUGACUACACAAGCUCCUGUUUGGCCCGAGCGUGCACAGUGGCCCAUUGGAUAUACAAAGCUAAACAUCUCAGAUAAUAAAGAUGUGGUACACAGCAGAAGGGGAUCCUUUUCCUACAUAUUAAAGAACCGUAAUGACCUGAGUCAAUGGAGGAAAGCAUAGUGGUGAAUGAAGAACUUCAUUUUGUUCAAGAGGCUUCUUGGAAAAUGCAUUUUAAUGGAGUCCAUCGUAGUAUUUCCUUUCCCCCAUUUCAUUAAUAAAAUUUUUAAUUGAUAAA